UUAUUCGCGCCGAAAUCGGCGAUGUUUUACUCCGUUUUACGCGAAUUUUAUACAAGCGAUUUCUCGGCGGACGUUGAGUUGUAGUUUUUCCGAGAUUUUUCGUAGUUUUGAAAAAGUUGUUGCUAGUUGCGAUCAGCUGGACUCGUGGUUCUCUUGGUGCUCCACGUGGCACGUGGACUUUUCGGAUUUUAUUCUGGUUUAUUAGGUAGAUAACUCGAAAUUAGAGAAGAAAAUGCGGAGAAGUACAAAGAAAAAGGAUGAUGCCAAUUCUGGGACUCCCCAAACAAGGAGAAAGUCAACAAUCAGCAAUGCAUCGACAACAUCAAAUUUAAAUCGAACUCCAAAAACAAAUGUUCGAAAGAAGUUGACAAAACAGGAUAUCGAUAAAGAUCUUAAUUGUAGCUCAGGUGAAGAAGAAGACAAAUGCUCUGGUAAGCCUGAAUUUUAUCAUUGCAAGGUAUUAGAAAAGGAUGAUCAAUCCAUUACCUUGCGGUUAAUACGAUCAAAUCCAGGAUACAACGAUACUAUUCAAUUUGAACUAGGUUUGAAGCAGAAUGAGAAAAAUUCAACAAAAAGAAAAUCAGUUUAUCAAAAACAAUGUGAAAGAAUCCUAGAAUCAGGGACAAAAUUUAGAAAGUCGAUUCAGCCAAAUAAUAAUGGACAAACACCAAGAAAAAAUUCUGCAGUAUCAAAAACUAUGGAUGUGGAAGAACCAAGUAUUUCAGAAAAGCGUGAGCUUCGCCGAAAGUCAUGUGUAAAUUUGAAUGAAAACUAUUUAUCCAAUCAACAAUUUGAUCCAAGACGAUCAAUCAAGCCAAAUCAUGAAAAAAUGUGGAGAAAAAGAGGUAAUAACAAUGAAGCUGAAUUAUCAGAAGAUGAAGGAGAUGAAAAUUUAAUGAAAAAUGCUAACAAAUCUCCAAAACGUCCUAAACGAGUAGAUGAUAAUGAUAAAACAUAUAGUGAGGAAGAAGAUAAUGAAAGCUCAGAUGAUUCUCAAUUUUCUGAUGAUGAUGAGGACUUUGUCCUUAGUUGUAAAGAAAAUAAUAGGAAUAAACCAAAUAUUCCAAAGACACCUUCCAAGAACACAAAGAAAAUUUCUAUGGAAACUCCUACUAAGUCAAUGGCUAAAAUGUGCUUAACACCGUCUAUGCAUCAAAGAACAGUAAAUAUAGUCAAACCUAGUACACCACUGCAAGAAGCUCGUCUCAAACUGCACGUUAGCGUUCUUCCAAAAUCAUUGCCUUGCAGAGAAGAGCAAUUCAAUGAUAUUUACAGUUUCUUACAUGCUAGAUUAUCUGAUAAAAGUGGAGGAUGUAUUUACAUAAGUGGAGUACCAGGAACUGGCAAAACCGCUACUGUAAACGAGGUCAUACGCUGCUUAAAAAAGUCAAUGGAUGCUGGAAAACUGACUAAUUUUGAAUUCAUAGAUAUCAAUGGAAUGAAAUUGUCAGAGCCACGUCAAGCUUAUGUACAAAUCUGGAAGCAAUUGACUGGCCAGAAAACGACGUGGGAAGAAGCUCACAAAUUGUUGCAAGAAAGAUUUAGCAAGUCUAAUUCCAAGAGAGGCAUGACUUUAUUGCUUGUAGACGAGUUGGAUCUAUUGUGCACUAAACGUCAAGACGUUGUUUACAAUCUCUUGGACUGGCCUACGAAAACGGGUGCCAAAUUGGUUGUCGUCACCAUAGCGAAUACCAUGGAUCUGCCGGAAAGAGUUUUGAUGGGUAAAGUCACCUCGCGUCUCGGAUUAAGUAGAUUAACUUUCCCACCCUACAAUUACAAACAGCUGGAAGAGAUCGUGGCUUCAAGACUACGAGGUUUCAACGCUUUUGGAGGCGAGACAAUUCAGCUAGUAGCUCGAAAAGUUGCCGCUGUUUCCGGUGACGCUCGCAGAGCUUUAGAUAUCUGUCGCAGAGCGACUGAAAUUGCCGAGAACAAUGAUCGGGAGAUAGUCUCUAUGAUUGACGUCAAAAGAGCAGUGGAUGAAAUGAUCGCCAGUCCGAAAAUCCAGGCUAUUAAGCAUUGCUCGGAGAUGGAAAGGGUUUUUCUUCAGGCCGUCUGUUCUGAAGUUCACCGUACUGGCGUUGAAGAGGUCGUUUUUCAAAAUGUCUAUUUGCAACUUGGCCCUUUAUGCACACUUAAUGGAGAAAAGACACCUAAUGUCACCGAAGCACUUGCUAUGUGCGCAAGACUGGGUGCUUGGAGAUUGCUAUUGUGCGAACACUCAAGACUUGACGUACAUCAGAGACUACUUUUAAACGUUUCUACGGACGAUGUCCAGUUCGCUAUCAAGGCUGUCGAAGUUUAAAAUGAAUUUUAUUUCAAUCAUCGUGUAAAUAAUUUAAUAAAUAAUAUCUGUGAUACCAAUUACUGCUCUUCAUUUGAAAGUUUACAAAAGUAUUAUAUAGCACGGACCUUGGGUUUUAGAAUAACAACAGUUUUAGUAAUACGAAGUAAAUAAAAUGAACUUUUCUGAUUAUGAGGACAGAUGAUGGCUACACAGUUGAAGAAGAUUGAAAAAAUUGAAAUUAGUUGCGAAUCCUGCUUGAAUUCAACAUUAAAUGGCUACAAUUUAUGGUAAAACAUGGAUAGUUUGCUCAGAUUGGAUUUAUCUGUGCCCAAUGUUUACGAUCUGUCGUAUCAAUUUAUGUUUUGCUUGGUUCAUCCAAAAUUCGAAAAAAAUCAUCUGAUGAAGCCACGGACUAAAACAAAAUGCUAAGACGUUUCAUCCAGAUAUUCACAGUAUUAUCAAACGAUAAAAUAGUUGCGAAUCCUGCUUGAAUUCAACUAUAAAUGGCUACAAUUGAUGAUAGAACUUGGAUAGUUUGCUCAGAUUUCCAAUUCAUCAUGACAUGUAAAGACGACCAAAGAUUCGCCAACAUAUACGCUCCUCUAAUUGAACGUUUUCUUAUUUACUUCGUUCUCUGCCUUGAUAAAUUGUAGAUAUACAAAUUGCUCGUGGUACAACUUACAAGUGCCUUAAUUUAUUCAUUAUUGUAUCCUACUGUAUUUAAUAAGUUUUAAUUGUUUAUACUACGUAGAGUACUGUCAUAGAUGAAUGUGAAAAAAUGGUUUUGCCAACGUUCACUUUUAAUAAUUGACUGUUUUUAUCUUUUAUAAUCAAUAAACAAAGUAAAAAAAA